UCUCACCCUCCCCCAUCUUUCUCUCUCCUCCUCCUCCUCUCCACCUUUUGCUUUUUUCUCUUCUCUGUAGCUGAGUGGGUCCCCCGGCCUGCAACCUCAUCAGCUACAAAGCAUCCCCUCCCUCACUUCUCCUCCCCUUAUAAUUAAAUCUUCUUCACGCAGCAACAUACCCACUCAUAACUCCUCUCCCUCUUUCGCCUUUCUCUCUCUCUCUUCAAUUUCAAGCUGACAGACACUACUUCUUCUUCUGCUACUACUCUGUUUUGCUACCAUGGGCGAGAGUAUGGAUUCGGAGAACGCUGCGUUUUGGCUACCCUCUCAUUUCCUCACCGACGACGACUUUCUCACCGACGACAGGAGCUGCAUGAAGGACGGAAACUGUGGGAAGAACAACUUCAACGACUUUCUUGCCAAAGAGACCCAUCACCGAAACUUCAAGAAGGACGAAUACUGUGGGAAGAAUAACCUCAACGACAUCUUCUCUAACUCGCUCGGUUUUGACCUUAACUCGUCCCUUGACUCGCCGGUGAGUUCAACCGAGACUGAGCGCGGUGACAGCAAUAACGACGAGCGCCGCAAUAUUAAUGAAGACGACGACGAUUUCUUAGCUGAGUUAACUCGCCACCUCGCCCAGUCCACUCUCAAGGACUCCUCCCCCAACUCCACCACCGAGAAACCAUGGCUAUUCUCGACGUCUCCACAAUCGACGCUGUCCGGAUUCGGUCCCUGGUCGACUCGGAGCGGGGUUUCAAGCAACGGAGGAAGCCCAAAUGGACCUUCACCUCGAGUUCCUUCACCGCCGGUGACUCCUCCACCCAAAAGCGAUGCCGCGUGGGAGCUUUUGUACGAGGCCGCCGGUCAAGUUGCUAGAUUGAAAAUGAAUGCGCUCGCCGCACAAGUGAACCACCACCAUAGCAACAACCUGCCGAACAGAGGACUUCUCGCUGCGCCACGAAGCGUUUCUCUUCCUUCAAAGUCGCACCACCAACGCCAACUCAACUCCUUCUACGACUUUCCUCCGGAAUUUCAGUAUGAGCAAGUGAAGAGACAGGGGAACACCGGAAACAUCUACUGCCAACACCACAACCACCACCAGCAAAGGCGAAGCUGCGGUGGUGCACCUCUUGGACUUCCACAGUCUGCAUGGCCUUCUCUGAGACCCAACCAGCACCGCCAACCAAACAGCGGACCAUUGAUGCAGCCACACUUCCUGAACGGUCCCGGGUCAAGGUCCAUGCCCGCUUUGAAAAGGCAGUCAACCGGAACCGGAGUUUUCCUUCCGAGGCGUGCUGGAACAACACCACCACCCGAACCUCGCAAAAAACCAGCUGUGAUGCAUCCUGCGAGAGUAUUUCAAGCUAUCAAUCGAGAUUUCGAGGAAGUCACUGGUAACAUCCAACAUUCACGAUUUGGUUCUGGAUUAUUAUCUGACCGUGAGAUAAUAAUGGCGAGAAGAAAUGCGAUUCUGGAACAAAGGAGGAAUUUGAUAAGGAAUGAAGCAACGGCGGCAACAAUGAUGGGUCAUGAAAUCCGGCUACCGAGUGACUGGACUUACUGAUUUGCGAGGGUUUGGCACUCAUUUUCUCUCUCCUAGGGUUCUUUGUUGGAAAGAGAGAUUUGGGGGUUGGAUUGUUUUUAUUGAGUAUAGUAUAUGGUUUUUUAUUUUUAGGAUGAUGAGAAAAAAAAUUGAAAAAAAGGAAAAGUAGAAAUGGGAAAAUGGAAAUGAAAGGAAUAAGGAAAAUCCAGUUAUUUUCUUUUUAAUAUUUUUGGGUUUUUGUAGAAGUCUUUAUUAAAAGCAGAGUUGCAGCAGCUUUUGGGCGAAACAAGCUUUGCUUUUGAAAGGUAGAUUUCAAAAGAUGGGGAUUAGACGAAGAAGAAGAAAUACAACAAGUAGGCAGGAAAUGCAAGUUUUUUAAAUUUCCAUGCAAAUUGUGAUUUGUAAUAAAGUUUGGGAGGAAUGAGAUUACUAUUAUGAUUAGGAGAUUGUAGUAUUAUUAGGUGUUGUUUUAGGUUUAAUUAGCUUGCUUAAUCAAGGAAAAGGUGGAUUUUGUUAAUUUCCCCCCCUUUUCAUUAGUGAUUAUAUAAAGUGAUUUGGGGUGAUGGCAUUAGUUUCAUGUAAUUUUCCCCUUUGCUGGGGUUUAUAAUUCAAUAAUGAAAUCAUAAUGGUUGUCUUCA